AUGCCCGAGAACAUCGCACCAUACCAAACACGGGGCCUCCCACCCAUGCCUUCCGUCUCACGGCACACCCUGCCCAUGGCCGGACUCCUCGUCGACGUCUACGGCCUCGACGAGCUGUCCUCCCAGCGCUCCUCGCUGCCCACCACCUGCCUGUGGCUGCUGCACCCGCGCACGCGCAACCGCGGCGUCGUGGCCGACAUCGCCUCGCGCGCGCUCGCCCGCUGGCACGCCUCCGCGGCCAGCAAGGCGCGGAACCUGGUGGCGCUGGCGUUCGACAUGCCCAACCACGGGUCGCGGCUCGUCAGCGCCACGGCCAACGAGGCCUGGGACGGCGGCAACGCGACGCACGCGGUCGACAUGCUCGGCGCGGUGCGCGGCGCCGUCGCGGACGUGCAGCUCCUCAUGGACCUCGUCGACGGGUACCUGGGCGUGCGUGCGGACGCGCACGCCUGCCUGGGCUGGAGCCUGGGCGGGCACAGCGCGUGGCAGGCGUGGUUGGGCGAGGAGCGCGUAGAUGCGGCGGUCGUCGUCGUCGGCUGUCCCGACUACAUGAGGGGGGGGGAAGACCUGAUGAGCAGCCGCGCCGUCGCGGGCGGCCUGGCCUCCUCGGCGGAGGCCUUCAUCGGCGGCCCGCACUUCCCACCGAGCCUGGUCCGCGCGUGCCUCGCGCAUGACCCCAAGGUGGUGCUGUUCGGCGGGGCGGAGCGCCCGGUGCCGAGCGUGCCGCUGGGCGAACAGGACAGGGAGCGCGUGCGCGACGCGCUGGACAGACGCCGCGUGGCGGGCAAGCGGCUGCUGCUGUGCUCGGGCGGCCGCGACGCGCUGGUGCCGCCGGCGGUCGGCCGGCCGGUCGUGGACGUGCUGGUGGACGCCGGCCGGUGGUACGACGUGCGCGUGGACAGCAGGGUGUACGAGGGCGUCGGGCACGCGUUCAGCAAGGACAUGGUGACGGACGCGGUGGAGUUCCUGGUCGACGCGGUGGCGCGCGGGCCGCGGGAGGGCGGGGAGGGCGGCAGGGCGGCCAAGAUGUAG